AUGAAAACUUACCUGUGGUUCUGCAGCUGUGGAUCUGUGUCUGCAGCUGUGGUUCUGCAGCUGUGGAUCUGUGUCUGCAGCUGUGGUUCUGCAGCUGUGGAUCUGCAGCUGUGGUUCUGUGUCUGCAGCUGUGGAUCUGCAGCUGUGGUUCUGUGUCUGCAGUUGUGGAUCUGCAGCUGUGGUUCUGUGUCUGCAGCUGUGGUUCUGUGUCUGCAGCUGUGGUUCUGUGUCUGCAGCUGUGGUUCUGUAUUUGCAGCUGUGGUCCGGAGCCCCAGGAUGAGCCUGAGCUCUAAGGGGAAGAAGCGUGUGGUUCUCCCGAGUCGUCCUGAACCUCCGAGUCUGGAGCAAAUCCUGGAGGACGUGAGGAGGAGCCCAGCGGAGGAUCCACUGUUCAGUCUGCAGGAGGGAGGUGAGAGGAGGGAGGAGGGGGAGGGAGGAGGUGAGAGGAGGGAGGAGGGGGAGGGAGGAGGUGAGAGGAGGGAGGAGGGAGGAGGUGAGAGGAGGGAGGAGGUGAGAGGAGGGAGGAGGGGGAGGGAGGAGGGGGAGGGAGGAGGUGAGAGGAGGGAGGAGGGGGGGGAGGGAGUAAGCGAGAGUGCUAUCCACUCAGCCACCGUGCCGCCCUGGGAGGAGGAGGGGGAGGGAGGAGGAGGGAGGAGGGGGAGGGAGGAGGAGGGAGGAGGUGAGAGGAGGGGGGGGGGGGGGGAGGAGGGGAGGAGGAGGAGGGGAGGAGGAGGAGGGAGGAGGAGCCCAGCGGAGGAUCCACUGUUCAGUCUGCAGGAGGGAGGUGAGAGGAGGGAGGGGGGGGGGGGGGGGGGGGGGGGGGGGGGGGGGGGGGGGGGGGGGGGGGGGGGGGGGGGGGGGGGGGGGGGGGGGGGGGGGGGGGGGGGGGGGGGGGGGGGGGGGGGGGGGGGGGGGGGGGGGGGGGGGGGGGGGGGGGGGGGGGGGGGGGGGGGGGGGGGGGGGGGGGGGGGGGGGGGGGGGGGGGGGGGGGGGGGGGGGGGGGGGGGGGGGGGGGGGGGGGGGGGGGGGGGGGGGGGGGGGGGGGGGGGGGGGGGGGGGGGGGGGGGGGGGGGGGGGGGGGGGGGGGGGGGGGGGGGGGGGGGGGGGGGGGGGGGGGGGGGGGGGGGGGGGGGGGGGGGGGGGGGGGGGGGGGGGGGGGGGGGGGGGGGGGGGGGGGGGGGGGGGGGGGGGGGGGGGGGGGGGGGGGGGGGGGGGGGGGGGGGGGGGGGGGGGGGGGGGGGGGGGGGGGGGGGGGGGGGGGGGGGGGGGGGGGGGGGGGGGGGGGGGGGGGGGGGGGGGGGGGGGGGGGGGGGGGGGGGGGGGGGGGGGGGGGGGGGGGGGGGGGGGGGGGGGGGGGGGGGGGGGGGGGGGGGGGGGGGGGGGGGGGGGGGGGGGGGGGGGGGGGGGGGGGGGGGGGGGGGGGGGGGGGGGGGGGGGGGGGGGGGGGGGGGGGGGGGGGGGGGGGGGGGGGGGGGGUGGGGGGGGGGGGGGGGGGGGGGGGGGGGGGGGGGGGGGGGGGGGGGGGGGGGGGGGGGGGGGGGGGGGGGGGGGGGGGGGGGGGGGGGGGGGGGGGGGGGGGGGGGGGGGGGGGGGGGGGGGGGGGGGGGGGGGGGGGGGGGGGGGGGGGGGGGGGGGGGGGGGGGGGGGGGGGGGGGGGGGGGGGGGGGGGGGGGGGGGGGGGGGGGGGGGGGGGGGGGGGGGGGGGGGGGGGGGGGGGGGGGGGGGGGGGGGGGGGGGGGGGGGGGGGGGGGGGGGGGGGGGGGGGGGGGGGGGGGGGGGGGGGGGGGGGGGGGGGGGGGGGGGGGGGGGGGGGGGGGGGGGGGGGGGGGGGGGGGGGGGGGGGGGGGGGGGGGGGGGGGGGGGGGGGGGGGGGGGGGGGGGGGGGGGGGGGGGGGGGGGGGGGGGGGGGGGGGGGGGGGGGGGGGGGGGGGGGGGGGGGGGGGGGGGGGGGGGGGGGGGGGGGGGGGGGGGGGGGGGGGGGGGGGGGGGGGGGGGGGGGGGGGGGGGGGGGGGGGGGGGGGGGGGGGGGGGGGGGGGGGGGGGGGGGGGGGGGGGGGGGGGGGGGGGGGGGGGGGGGGGGGGGGGGGGGGGGGGGGGGGGGGGGGGGGGGGGGGGGGGGGGGGGGGGGGGGGGGGGGGGGGGGGGGGGGGGGGGGGGGGGGGGGGGGGGGGGGGGGGGGGGGGGGGGGGGGGGGGGGGGGGGGGGGGGGGGGGGGGGGGGGGGGGGGGGGGGGGGGGGGGGGGGGGGGGGGGGGGGGGGGGGGGGGGGGGGGGGGGGGGGGGGGGGGGGGGGGGGGGGGGGGGGGGGGGGGGGGGGGGGGGGGGGGGGGGGGGGGGGGGGGGGGGGGGGGGGGGGGGGGGGGGGGGGGGGGGGGGGGGGGGGGGGGGGGGGGGGGGGGGGGGGGGGGGGGGGGGGGGGGGGGGGGGGGGGGGGGGGGGGGGGGGGGGGGGGGGGGGGGGGGGGGGGGGGGGGGGGGGGGGGGGGGGGGGGGGGGGGGGGGGGGGGGGGGGGGGGGGGGGGGGGGGGGGGGGGGGGGGGGGGGGGGGGGGGGGGGGGGGGGGGGGGGGGGGGGGGGGGGGGGGGGGGGGGGGGGGGGGGGGGGGGGGGGGGGGGGGGGGGGGGGGGGGGGGGGGGGGGGGGGGGGGGGGGGGGGGGGGGGGGGGGGGGGGGGGGGGGGGGGGGGGGGGGGGGGGGGGGGGGGGGGGGGGGGGGGGGGGGGGGGGGGGGGGGGGGGGGGGGGGGGGGGGGGGGGGGGGGGGGGGGGGGGGGGGGGGGGGGGGGGGGGGGGGGGGGGGGGGGGGGGGGGGGGGGGGGGGGGGGGGGGGGGGGGGGGGGGGGGGGGGGGGGGGGGGGGGGGGGGGGGGGGGGGGGGGGGGGGGGGGGGGGGGGGGGGGGGGGGGGGGGGGGGGGGGGGGGGGGGGGGGGGGGGGGGGGGGGGGGGGGGGGGGGGGGGGGGGGGGGGGGGGGGGGGGGGGGGGGGGGGGGGGGGGGGGGGGGGGGGGGGGGGGGGGGGGGGGGGGGGGGGGGGGGGGGGGGGGGGGGGGGGGGGGGGGGGGGGGGGGGGGGGGGGGGGGGGGGCGGGGGGGGGGGGGGGGGGGGGGGGGGGGGGGGGGGGGGGGGGGGGGGGGGGGGGGGGGGGGGGGGGGGGGGGGGGGGGGGGGGGGGGGGGGGGGGGGGGGGGGGGGGGGGGGGGGGGGGGGGGGGGGGGGGGGGGGGGGGGGGGGGGUGGAGGGGUGA